CUUAGACUUCCUCCGAAGCUUGGCGUUUCCUCAGUGGGGACCCACGCGGGUUCAACAUGCGUAUUGAGAAGUGUUAUUUCUGUUCUGGGCCCAUCUACCCUGGCCACGGCAUGAUGUUCAUACGCAACAAUUGCAAGGUGUUCAGAUUUUGUAAAUCUAAAUGUCAUAAAAACUUUAAAAAGAAGCGCAAUCCUCGCAAAGUUAGGUGGACCAAAGCAUUCCGGAAAGCAGCUGCUAAAGAGCUUACAGUGGAUAAUUCAUUUGAAUUUGAAAAGCGUAGAAAUGAACCUUUCAAAUACCAGCGAGAGCUAUGGAAUAAAACUAUUGAUGCAAUGAAGAGAGUUGAAGAGAUCAAACAGAAACGCCAAGCUAAAUUUAUAAUGAACAGACUGAAGAAAAAUAAAGAGCUACAGAAAGUUCAGGAUAUCAAAGAAGUCAAGCAAAACAUCCAUCUUAUCCGAGCCCCUCUUGCAGGCAAAGGGAAGCAUUUGGAAUAGAAAAUGGUACAGCAGGUGCAAGAGGAUGUGGAUAUGGAAGACGCUUCUUAAAAAUCUCUGUAACCAUUUCUUUUAUGUGCAUUUGAAAAUGCCCUUUGGACACUUGGAACUGCUAAAUUAUUAGUUUAUUUUUUACAUAAGGUUACUUAAAUGAAAAGUGAUUAAAAUAUAUCUUUUCUACAUUGCCAUCUAUAAAACAUCAGAUAUUACUGAUGUUACAUCUCAGUGUUAAAUCUUCACUGACAGAUGUACUUAUGUAAAUCAUGAAAAUUCUGCUUAUAACUAUAGACGUGAAUUGUGGAUGUAAAGUGCUUAUUCCAUCUGGAUAAUGGCACAGGGCAGCCUCUGUAUAAUAAGUAAUGGCAAAAAUUCAUGGUUAGUGAUGUAUAAAUAAAAUAUUAUUUUCAGUAAAAUAUUCCCUUUAUUAAUGUUAUAGAAGAGGGGAUACGACAAGGAAAUAACAAUUUGUAUGAGAGU